AUGGUGUUUCUCAUGACGCGUCAAAAGUUCCAAAAACUGGUCUUUGCGGACGUUGCAUCUGAUGCCUCUUCAGACAGUUUACCAUGGAUAACACGGAAUCAUAGCUUGAACAGACUGGCACCAAGAAGUUAUCAACGAACAGAUCAGGAAAGCAGCAUCACUUUUGGUACGCAUCAUUUGGAGUCAUCGUCACAGCCAUUGUUGACCACAUGGUGUGGCAGUCCUCCCUACGCUGCACCGGAAAUCUUCAAAGGUGAACCGUAUGUCGGCGCAAAGGCUGAUAUUUGGGUAGGUUUUGGUUACCACCCUUUUGAGUGGAAACACUUUCCUUUUCACCCAAAACAUCUAUGGGUUCACCGACUAGUAGGAUGA